AUGCCACCGCGGACAGGCGUGAGCGUGGGCUGGCUUUAUUCUGGUCACUGGCCCCAAGCCAGACAAGCUCCUGGGACCGGCCCUUUCCUUGACUUUCAGGGCUGGGGGCACCCGGGCAGCCCCCAGCCGCCCCCCCACCCCGAGCGCUCCGGGGCCAGCGACUCUGCGAAGGGUCCGGGGGCGGUGCGGUUCCGGGGACACGGACCGCAAGUGGGGGCGGCCGUGGGGGUGUGUGUGUUGUUCAGAUGGGAGAUCACCGGCGAUAACCCGGCCCAGGAUGGGGCGGCUCGACAGGAAACCUCGAGCAGGGAGCCAGCUGCGGGCUGGGUGGGGGGAGGGGUGCCACUCGAGGCACAGAGCUUUGGUCUGCUGGAUCCCAAACUCUGCUACCUGCUAGAUGGAAUCCUCUUCAUCUAUGGAGUCAUUGUCACAGCCCUGUACCUGAGAGCAAAGUUCAGCGGAAGUGUAGAUGCUACUGCCUACCAGCAGGGUUCCAACCAGCUCUACAAUGAGCUGAGUCUAGGACGAAGAGAGGAGUAUGACGUUUUGGACAAGAAGUGGGCUCGGGAUCCUGAGGUUGGAGGCAAACAGCAGAGGAGGAGGAACCCCCAGGAAGGCGUGUACAAUGCGCUGCAGAAGGACAAGAUGGCAGAGGCCUACAGUGAGAUUGGGAUGAAAGGCGAGAGGCGGAGAGGCAAGGGGCACGACGGUCUUUACCAGGGGCUCAGCACCGCCACCAAGGACACCUAUGAUGCCCUGAAUAUGCAGACCCUGCCCCCUCGCUAA